GAGUCUCUGUGCAUAUGCGCAUAGCAUCCAUCAGAUACUGGCUUUUGCUCUUUUAAUAAGAACAGCUGAAAUUGAGUGCUCAUUCACACAACAAGAAAAACAAGAAACAAAAUUGUACAAGCAUUCUACAAACACUUGUAGUUGUGUAAACAAUAAUUAGCCUAGAUCUAUUGAUUGUUGCAACCCUUCCGCUGUGUCAGUUUCCAAUAAAUGCCAGUGCACCCAGCAGUGAUUACCUCCAAGCGUGCAAGAAGAGGUCGCGCCAGUGCUUGUAACAGCCCUGUGGAAGAGUCUUAUGAUACAAGAAGACUGAGGAGAAAGCUAAGAGAAGCUGCAGACUCACCAACCAACUCUCCAAGACCAGACACAACAACUUUGGCUUCAGAAUCAGUAGGACUAUCUUCAUCUUCAACAAGCAUGAGUACUUGGCAAGCUGAAGGUGCAACUCCCAUUACUAACGGGACAAAUGUCUCUCAGAGCUGUAGCAGCAUUAAUGACAUGACUGGUUCCAACAACACCCCGAAGUCUCCUACUAUCAAGGGUGACCUGCCUUCAGGAGUCGAGCUAUCUUUCAAGAAAAGAAGGAGCUUCAGCAGUAGGAAGAGAGAUGUCGAUGAAAUUAUCACAAGACACCCCCACAAAGUACCGAUCAUAAUAGAGCGUGCUCGUAAGGAGAGGAGUUUGACUUUGCUAGACAAGUCAAAGUUCUUGGUACCCGAAGAGCUGACUAUGAGUCAACUCACUACAAUCAUCAGACGCCGCUUGCAACUCUCUGAUACUCAAGCCUUCUACCUGAUAGUGAAUCGUCGCACCAUGGUCAGUGCUUCCAUGACUCUGGCCGAUGUGUACCGUAACGACAGAGAUGAGGAUGGAUUCCUUUAUAUUGUAUAUGCCUCUCAAGAGAUGUUUGGCUAAACUAGACACCCUGACUGCCCACCAGCUAGACUGCUAUGUUAUACAGACUACUAUAGUAUUGUACGUGAUUUUGUGUUGGUAAUACGUUCUGCACACGCACUAGCAAAGAGCAUCUAAUAUAGAAUAUUUUCGUUGAUCUCUAAGACGACCAUCGCUUGGUUUUUAUUUGUGCCCAUAAAUCACAUCUCAUUGUACAUGUACUGUGUGUCACCCCGGCCCCACUGUAACUUAACUCACAUCAUUCAAUCAUGUUCAUGAUUAAUUUAUGUUCAACAUUCUUCACACGACAACACCUAUACAUUGUUGAAUGCUGUCUCGUGUAUAUUAUGUAAUGAAAAUGAAAAUUUGACAGAAUCAAA